AUGUCUAGUUUCAAAUUGUCAGCUACAUUGGAGGGACACGAGAAAGAUGUGAAGGCAAUUGUGUCUCCUUUCAACGAUACAAUUGUGUCAGCUUCUCGUGAUUCUACCGUUAGGGUUUGGACUCAAACAAAUGGUGUUUGGACAUCAAAAGUCAAUUUCACAUCCAAUGGUUUCGUCAAUUCGUUGGCCUUUGACCCAAUCAGCAAUCAGGUUAUCUCUGCAGGUCAAGAUAAACUUAUUAACAUCACAGAUAUCUUUUCAUCUAGUGCAGAUGCAAUUUAUGUAUUGAUUGGACAUGAAAGUAAUGUUUGCAGUUUGGAUUUUUCCGAUAAUCAAAUAAUAAGUGGUAGUUGGGAUAGCACUGCUAAAGUUUGGGAAAACAAUCAACUUAAAUACACCUUGUCUGGGCAUAAUGCUUCUGUUUGGGAUGUUAAAAUUUUAGAAAAUGAUCGUUAUUUGACUUCAUCUGCUGACAGAACAGUAAAAUUAUGGCAAGGAUCUAAAGAAAUUAAGACUUAUAUUGGUCAUUCAGAUGUGGCAAGAGGUCUCGCACUGCUACCAAAUAACCAAGGGUUUGCUAGUACUUCAAAUGAUGGAACCGUUAGGAUUAGUGAUUUUGAAGGUAAUUUGAUCCAUACACUUGUUGGUCAUGAAAGUUUUGUAUACUGUGUUAAACUGCUAUCAAAUGGUGAUUUUGUUACAUCAGGUGAGGAUAGAACAGUAAGGGUUUGGAGAAAUGGAAAAGCCCUACAAGUUAUCACUUUGCCUUCAAUUUCUGUGUGGACUGUUUCGGUAUUACCAAAUGAUGAUAUAGUGAGCGGUGGAAGUGAUGGUGUCAUUAGAAUUUUCACAAGAGAUCCAGCUAGAGUUGCUCCUGAAGCUGAAAUUCAUGCUUUCCAGCAAUCUGUUGAGAAUAUCUCUAUCAAUUCUCAAACAGUCGAUGAUUCAAAGGCAGUCGGUCCUGAAGCAUUGACUGUACCUGGUACUAAAGAGGGUCAAGUGAUUAUGGUCAAGACUUUACAAGGGAUAAUCGAGGCAUAUCAAUGGUCAGAAGGUAACUGGAUCAAAAUUGGUGAAGUUGUUGGUUCUUCAGCUAGUGAAAAGAAGCAACUAUUUGAUGGUAAAAAAUGGGAUUAUGUUUUUGAUGUUGACGUUCAAGAAGGCGCGCCACCUUUGAAGCUUCCAUACAAUGCCAAUGAAAACCCAUAUACAGCAGCUACACGAUUUUUAGAAGCCAAUGAAUUACCAGAUAGUUAUACUGAAGAGGUUGUUAGAUUUAUCACCACAAAUACACAAGGGGUCAAUAUUAAUCAAUCUGCUGACGUUUACAAUCCUUAUUCUGACUCUAGGAACAAAGUCAUACCCCAUACAGACUAUUUGGGGUUUACAGCUAAUACUUCGGCUACCAUUUUGAAAGGUUUAGAAAAGUUCAAUGAAAGUGAAAAAACUUUCACAUCGGAGCAAUUUGAAAAAAUUCAAAAAGAUUUUUCCACCAAUAACGAGGAUGCCCUAUUAGAUGUUGCUAAUAGUGUUAUUGAAAGCUGGAAUAACAAAUUACCAGGGUUUGAUAUAUUGAGAUUGAUUGUUCCUUAUUUAAAAGAGCGACCUAAACAAUUAAGUGGGGUUUUGAAGAUUGGAUUAUCAAAGACUAGUCCUCAAAUCUAUUUUAUGACUUUGAGAUUCUUGUGCAAUUUGUUCCUAAAUAAAGUAUGGGGUGAAACUGUUGUGACCGAUGCCAAAGUUUUCAACCAAAUCAUUGACUCAGUUAAUCUUGACACAGGGAUUGAUCCAAAACAUUUAAUCAAUAUUUCAAAUGCAGUUGCUACUUUGAUCUUGAACUUUAGUGUCUAUAUUACUAAAUUCAAAUCAUCUUCAUUGUCUUUAAGAUUAAAUGAAAAGAUCAUUGAACAAGGUAUCGCAUUGGCAAGUUAUUCGUCUGAGGCUGCUUAUAGAUUGAGUGUUGCUUACGGAAAUUUGAUUUAUGUCAAACCUGGUCUAAAGAAUGAAAAGUUUGCUGCCUUCAAGAAGGAAAUACUAGAGACUCAUCAAGAAUCGAGAUUUACGGAUGUCUUCAAAGAUAUUGAUGAGAUUUGA